AUGUUUCUCAUUUUACUUCGUAAAAUCAUCAACUGCAAACACAAAUACAAGUAUCUUAUCAAAGCAUUUGUCCUGUUCCUCACUAUUGUCUAUAACGUGGGAUUGGUACACUUCUUAUUCCGCACUACUUCGUUGGAUGAUUCUCCCGAAAUGAAUCAUGUCGAUUACGUUGCUCAUGUCAUUGUCAUGCCCAUAGUCUUAUCCAUAGGAAUGAUUAAUCAGUGCCUCAAUGUAUGUACACUAUUGCAUAUCAAAACGAGUAUAUUCUUAUACUUGAAAGCAUCCGCAAUAGCAGAUAUUCUGAGUAUCAUUGCAUUUAUCCCAUUUCUUCUCCGUCAUGCGAAGCUUAUCGACCCAUCUUGGCAACUUGGAAUGUUUUAUCACGCUCAUCUGGAGCUCCCAUUAAUCAAUGGUCUGAUUUCAGCAAGCGCCUUGAAUAUUGUUGCAAUGACAGUGGACAGAUAUGUAUCUGUCUGUCAUCCUAUCAAAUUCUUCCAAAAUAACGAAACAAAACCUUCCCGUCGACGCACAAUGCUGAUUAUAAUCAUGAUUUAUUUUAUCGCAUUGCUGAUCUAUUUUCCAUCGGUAUUCCAAAAGAAACUGGGAGUCGUGUCUGAUGCCUUAACCAAUAUAACAACAUAUACAAUUGUCCGUAAUGAAGAAGUGGAAGCUCUCCGUGUAUUCCGAUGCUAUAUUAUUUUCCGAGAAACUGUGUGUCGUUGGGGUCCAGUACUUCUCCUUGUCAUUCUCAACAUGUGUGUUGUCCGAGGUCUUCGUAAAAUCGACAAGCGUAACUGGUUUUGGAGACAACCGUCACAAAACAGCCGAAAUGAAUCCAGUGCUCAACGUCAACUUCGUUCACCGCGCGAUGAUCGAAGUCGUAUUUCCGUUCUCCUCUUCGUAACGUCUGCUACUUUCAUUUUUUGCAAUAUCCCAGCUUCUGUGAUUUCUUUCUUUGUUGGUCGCGUCAACGGAUCACUUUUUUGGCAAAUAUUCCGUGCAAUUGCCAAUCUUCUUCAAGUUACCAGAGACGAAUUCUACUUUUACAGUUAUCUCUACAACUUCUAUCUAUACGCUUUGUGCUCUUCUGAGUAUCGGCAUGCAUUCCUCCGGCUAUUUGGAUGUCGAUCAAGUCUCUCUCCAACUUCAACGGGUGAUUCCCCAACAGUUCGUGUCUCUGUUCAUGGAAAACGUUGCCAAGCCGUCGUCCUUCUCGAUAAAGAGCCAAAUGGUUAUCCCGUCGAUGAAGUAUAA